AUGGCAGUGGCUUUUGAUGCGAUCCUCGCUCGGGUCAAGGAUGUUUGUAAAAGAAAUGGUUUGCUCAUUCUCUCAGUGUUGUCAGUCACCGUGGGCUGUCUUCUCGGAUUCUUCCUUAGGACGAGACGUCUCUCCCAGCAGGAAAUUAGUUAUUUCCAGUUUCCUGGUGAGUUACUGAUGAGGAUGCUGAAAAUGUUGAUUCUCCCCCUGGUUGUCUCAAGCUUAAUGUCUGGGCUAGCAGCCCUGGAUGCCAAGACUUCCAGCCGAUUAGGUAUCAUAACCGUCACUUACUAUCUAUGGACAACAUUUGUGGCUGUGAUUGUGGGAAUAAUUAUGGUCUCCAUUAUCCAUCCUGGUGGAGCAGCACAGAAGGAGAGCACUGAAGAGGGUGGAAAGCCCAUCAUGAGCUCUGCAGAUGCACUGCUAGACUUAAUCCGGAACAUGUUUCCAGCCAACCUUGUUGAGGCCACAUUCAAGCAGUAUCGCACCAAGAGCAUUCCCAUCAUUAAAUCUAACAAAGCAUCAUCUGAAAGCGCAACUCGUCGCAUUAUAAUAUAUGGAGUCCAGGAUGAGAAUGGAUCCAACGUCCAGAAUUUUGCCUUGGAUAUCACUCCCCCACCUGAAGUGAUUUACAAAUCAGAACCAGGCACUAGUGACGGCAUGAAUGUGCUAGGGAUUGUGAUAUUCUCUGCAACAAUGGGUAUAAUGUUGGGAAGAAUGGGAAACAGUGGUGUUCCUUUGGUCAGCUUUUGUCAGUGUUUAAAUGAAUCUGUCAUGAAGAUAGUAGCAGUUGCUGUUUGGUACUUUCCCUUUGGAAUUGUGUUCCUAAUCGCGGGCAAAAUCUUAGAAAUGGAUGACCCCUCAGCCAUUGGGAAGAAGCUGGGUUUCUAUGCCAUUACCGUGGUGUGCGGCCUGGUUGUGCAUGGGCUGUUCAUCCUGCCAAUGAUGUACUUCUUUAUCACCAAGAAGAAUCCUAUUGUCUUCAUCAGAGGGAUCCUUCAAGCCUUGCUCAUUGCUUUGGCCACUCCUCCAGGUAUCACCCAUUCAGCCACGCUGCCUAUCACGUUCAAGUGCUUGCUGGAGAACAACCACGUGGACAGGAUUGCCAGGUUUGUGCUGCGUGGAGCCACCAUCAACAUGGACGGGACCGCGCUCUACGAAGCGGUGGCUGCAAUCUUCAUCGCACAAGUCAACAACUAUGAGCUGGUCGGGCAGAUCAUUACUAUCAGUAUCACAGCAACAGCCGCCAGCAUAGGAGCUGCUGGCAUCCCACAGGCUGGCCUGGUGACAAUGGUCAUUGUUCUGACCUCGGUCGGGCUCCCGACGGACGACAUCACGUUGAUCAUUGCCGUUGACUGGGCGCUGUAAGACAGGUUUAGAACGAUGAUCAACGUCCUGGGAGAUGCCCUGGCUGCUGGGAUCAUGGCCCACAUCUGCCGGAAGGAGUUCAUCAAGGACGGCGAUGAGGUGCCAUUGAUCUGUGAAACUAAGCCUAUUAACAUCCAUCAGAUUGUGGCUUACCAGAGAAAUGGCUGUGUGAAGACCAUGAAUGAAUCCCGUGGACCAGAAACAGUGAAAGGGUUUCAGCACCACAUACCUGUACAAGUGGAGCAAGAAGAAAGCCCAGUGGAGAAUCACACUAAGAAAUCCAACAGUAAAGACCACUGCACUAUUGAAAUAAAUGAACUAGAAACAAAUGUGUAACUGCUACACUCAGUGGUAUCUCACACCCCAGUGACCUGAUACCCAAUCUCUACCUCACAGCUGGAAGAGGGACUCUGCCUUGAACAGAAAAAAAAAAAAGUGGGAUUAUCGGCACUCGGCUUGUACUGGAGCUAGGAGACCAGCUGUGAACGUCAAGAAAGGCACACAGCUUGCAAGAGACAUGGGCUUCUUCAGGUGGAAGAUCUUAAUACUGAAAAAUUAACUAAUGGAUGACUACUGUUUUAUUCUGCACUCAUUUGACUCCAACAUAGUAUUUGACACUCCUUUGGCUUCUUUUUUUAAGUUU